UCUAUCUGUCUGUCUUUACAGUCACCGAGGAUGACAGCGAUCAUAUCCGAAAUAAUAAAUUGACUACAGAAGCCCUCAAAAUGUUCCACUCCACAAAUAUCAGUGAUGCUCACAGCGACACGACAUCCGUAUGGAGUUCGGAAGACGGCUUACACAGUACCUUGUACUAUCCGGUUAACACCUUAAUGCAAAUCGAUAACGACGACGACAGCGUCGACAGCUCUUGUCAGUCCCACAAUGAAGUAUCGACUGAAGGUGAUAACGAAUCGCUGCUAUCAGAUACCACAUCGAGUCUUCUGAGAUUCAUGGAUGAAAUGGACAAUGAUAGCAUUACAGAUGUGUCCAGCAUCGCCAGCGAUGAUGAAUACGAUGACGACAGUAGUUUCACAACUGUCAGUGAUAUGACAGACUUUACUGAUGAUCUCCUCGAUGACGACAACGGUGACGUCAUGCUAGAAAAGUCUAUCUAUAACGUCGACUUUGGGGUUACGGACAAUGCUUUAUCAAUUGCAACUUCGUUUCUCGAUAAAAUCCUUUCUGAUGUCGCCUAUCAACUUAACUGCAAAUAUUGA